AUGGUGGCAGGCUUCGCUCACGCACCCGUCACCAAAGGCAUCCUCAUCACUCUUCCCAUAAUCUCCGUCCUCGUCUCGCUCUCCCAACUCAAACCGUUCGUCCACCUGCAGCUCGACCCGCACAUCUACGUACAUCAUCAGUGGUAUCGUCUCGUUUCCCAGCAUUUCGCAUUCAUCAAUUCGUCCGAGCUCUUUCUCGCGCUGUUGCUCUUCUACCAUGCGGGCGUCAAAGUGGAGCGGACGUUUGGGACGUACAAGUAUGCGAGCUUCUUGUUGGUGGUGACGUCGAUCUACACGGCUACACAGCUGGUCCUGCUCGGUCUCAGCUCGACUUUACUUUCGAACUCUUCCACCUUGCCCUCGAUAGGAACGGAGAAGAAGCAGACUGAGGCGAGCAGGCACUGGCUAACCGAAGGUCGAUCUCCAGCUGGCCCAUGGGGCCCACUCUUCGCCCUCCUCCACCAGUAUCACUGCAUCAUCCCUCACCUCUGGUCCAUCCGCAUCGGCCCCAUCAUCCUCACGGACAAGCACAUCUCCAUCUCCUCCCUCUCCGUGCUCCUCGCCUUCUCCCAGACCACCAGCACGCUCUUCGCCUCCAUCCUCGGCCUCCUCGUCUCGGCCCUGUACCGCUCGUCCCCGCGUCUUCAAGCGUACCGCAUCCCACAUCGACUCUAUCGCAUUCUUUCGCUACUCCUCGCCCCUUGGAUUGGCCACACCCGUCUUCCACGACGUUCGUGGCGCGUCGAACCACCCCAGCGCCGCACGCUGCAGGCGCGACAGGCGAGGUUGGCCGAACACAAUGCGGCACUGGUCAACGCGAGCCGGUUCAGCGGCGUCGGUGUGCCGACGCUGACAAGCCUGUUGAGAAGGAGGACAGGGGCGGGGACGGUGCUGCCCGUGCAAGGGCAGGGGCAGGCAGGGGAACCACCGCCAGCGCCAGCGGUGGGAGGAUGGAACGAUGUUCCGCCAGUAGCUCGGCCGCCACCGUCGGGUCCCGGUCGACCAAUGUGA